ACAAAGACUACUUACUACUUAUUAUCUAUUCCUAAACACGACAAAUAGUAAAUAAAUAUAAAAUGAAGUUAUAAAUUUUUGUGUAAAGCUUAGAUCUACUUGAGACUAUCUCAAAGUAAAAAUUUAUCGGAGAUCAAAAAGCAACCAAAUGUCUAUUCCAGACUUAGCAGCACAAAUACUUAGCAAAACUGGAAAUGAAUUCAGUGAAGACUCUGCUCGAACUAUCAUUAUCGUUGGUAGUAAAUCAGUAGGAAAAACAAAUCUAAUGUACAGCUUUCUUGAAAAAUCUGACAAACCUAGAGAGACAUUAGUUUUAGAAUAUUCCUUUGGUAGGAAAUCAUCCCAAAAGCAAGGUAUCGAGAAAACCAUUUGUCAUGUGUGGGAAUACGGAGGAAAAUUGGACAUGCUAAGAAAAGUCUUAGACGCAAUUCCUUUACGUGGAAGAUCUUUCUAUUGUGUAAUGAUCGACUUAAGUAAAGUUAAAACUAUUUGGAAUACCUUAGAAAUAUGUCUUCAAACAAUAAAAGAAAGUUGUAUUAAUUCAAUGCCAGAGUUGCUUAUAAUUGGAGGAAAAUAUGACGCUUUUAAAAACUACGACGGCAACACGAAAAAAAUCAUCUCAACAACAUUGAGGAGCGUUUCUAUGAUAUACAACGCACAUUUAAUAUUUUACUCAAACAAGGAGCCCCAGUUAAUGAAAAAAGCGAAAGAAAUGCUUUAUAAUAUUGGAUUUGGUAACGGAAUUCCUCUUCGAGAAAAGAAUACGAAUAGUGCAAAACCCUUGAUGAUACCAAAAGGUUUAGACAAUUGGGACAGUAUCGGCGUUCCAAUGUCUAAUAUGGAACAGGUUAAGCUGCGGCACUUAUCCAGAAUACCCUCAGAAACAGAAAUCAAACAGAAAUAUAAGGGGCUGCAACAAACCCACCCAGAACCUGUCCUAGACUCAAUGGCUGCUCUUAAAUAUGAGGAGCUGCGUAAUAUGGAGUCAUUUGAUCCCUCAAUUGAUGACUAUUUGAUGUUAUUGCAUUAAUUAAAACUUGUGGGGUAAUGGAAUAAUAUUUUUGCUAUGUAUCUAACGAUAGAGGAAAGACAUACCUACUAUGUAUACUAUACAUGAAAAUAAAUGAAAAACACGAU